UUACUCGGAAGUCUAUGAUUCUUUCUUGCAAGAGCAAACACACAUGAUUUCUAUCACUCUCCACGAGCUCGGGAAUCUUGCAAUACGCUUCAGGUCACUAUUAAUGUCAACUCCUCACCUGACAAGAUGACCACAUCUGGAAUACCCACAGAUUCCACUUUGGCAACAUCACAGCCACAUCCAGAGAAGCAACCUCCCACCAACACGAGUUCGCAGAUGCAAACUCCACCACCCUUGAAAAUCCCCUGCGUGACCUACAUCCUCCCCUCCACCACCGAUCCCGACCCCAACAGCACCAUCGGCCCUCAGACCAGAGUCCUACGCAUCACUCUCAAGGACGACACCAGAUUUGAUACAACUACCGCUUGGAACAUCGUAUGGUGUAAUAUUUGCUUGAAGCAGCAAGUGGGCUUCUUCCAUAAUGCGGGCGAGUUGCUGUGGCAUGAGAAUGGAAAGAAGUGGUUGCAUCCUACUCACGCUCCUGAGAUUGCUGGUCUUGCUACGGGAGAUAUUAUUCGUGUUAUGCGGGUUUCCAAGCCACGGGAAGAUGCCAAUGUCAUCGUCGUCGCGGGAGACACUUGAGUAUGAUGAUACGGUGGAAGCAUAGAGGCGUGUUAGUAUCUGGAAAUGUUCCAAUUUGCAAACACCAGUUCAUGGUCUUGAGGAGCUCAGUGCUCUGGGCAAAAUCGUGGUAAACAUCUCCGAGAUUUGCUCUCAGAUGAUGUUAUGACGGAGCCAAC